AUGUCAAACUACGGCAACACGCUCGACGCGAACCCGUUCAACGACCCAAACCCCUUCCAGCACGGCAACGAGAGCGCGUAUUCGCUCGACGGUGUCAGCGGAUCCACCUCUCGGCAGCCAACGGGAGGUGUGGAGAACAUCCAAGCCUAUGUCGCCGAUCACGACCGGCGCGCACAGGAGCUCGAGGCAAAGCAGCGCGAGCUUGAGCGGCGCGAGGCCGAUCUUACGCAGCGCGAAGCCGACGUCGCACAGUACAAGCCGAACUGGCCGCCGUUUGUGCCGAUUCUCGUGCAUGACAUCAAGCUCGUGCCGCAGGAGCAGCAGAAGAACGCGCGACUCAUGUACUACUACUGGCUGGCGCUGCUUUUGACUCUCAUCAUCAACUUUGUCGGCUGCUUCCCGCUCGGCGUUUCGUCGAUUGGCGCUGGCGCCGGGUACCUCCUGUUCAUCUCGAUCCUGAGCUUCAUCCUCUGGUACUACCCGAUCUACACUGGCUGGCGGCGACUGCACAAGCGCGGCGCCGCGAUUCUCUUCUACACCUACUUCAUCUUCUGCGGCUUCCACAUCCUCUUCGCGCUGUACAUGUGCAUCGGCGCACCGUACACUGGUUCAGCUGGCCUGUUCAACACGAUUACGAGCCUCAUCGGCGGCCACCUCUUCGCCGGCAUCGUUGGCAUCUUUGCGAGUGUCGGCUGGAUCGUCCAGCUUCUCGGCGGCAUCGUACUCUACAAGCUCGUGUGGAACUACAAGAACCACAGCACUGAGAUCAACUGGGCCAGCGCCAAGAGCGAGUUUACCGGCCUCAAGACCAUCUUCAAGCUCUUCCGCGCAAGCAGCUAG